CACGCGCGCGCGUGAGAUGUGGCUCAUCAUCAGUGAGGAGGGGAGAUCGGCUGAGUGGCUGUUGGCUUUACACUAAGAUGUCAGCGGCGGCUUCUCUGCAGUAAGCACAUUGAGGUUAUGCUGCCUAUAAAUUCCUGCUUGAGUCUCAGUGAGAAAGAGAAAGGCUAAAGCCUGUUCAGAUCCGAUUGUCGUUGAGCGUCUUCACCGCAGUGUCCUGACGUCAACCAUGAGUGACCCUGUGACUUCAGAUGAACUCACCAAUGCUGUGGCUUCAGUCGUUCACAACCCUGAGUCAUCAUCCACACCCGUUCGAGUGGCGCAGAGGGAAGAAGAGGAGGAAGGUGACCUGAAUAAAGCAUUAGGCGUUCAGCGCUUCCAGCAGAUCCUGAGCCCCGCUCCCAGAGUUCCCAGCGAGCUGCACCGCACCUACAAUGAGGAAGAUUUUGAAUAUCACCGUCACUCGUCCCAUCACAUCCAUCAUCCUCUGUCCAAACUCCCGGGAGACGGCAGGAGGAAGAAGAGUGGAAGGAGGAGGAGACGGAGGGGCAGUAAGGACCACAGAGUGUGUUCCAGCCCCAGCGGUGCUUUGGCCAUCGUGGAGGGUGAAGAUGAGGAGGAGGAGGAGGAAGAGGAAGAAGCUACAGAGAGCCAGAGCGCCACUCCAGCAUCCACAACAGAGAGGAAAGACAGUGUUCAGUUCUUCGUGUCGGAUGAUGAGCCUCAUGUAUCCACACCUGAGACUUCAGAACCUCUUCCUGCACGAGAAAUCCUAAUCGUCCCAUCGUCUGCUGUGUGUUCAGAGCCUCAGGACAGCACAUCCACUGAGCCAUCUGAACCUGCUCCUCUGAGCCCUAUCGCCACUGAGCCCAACGCUCUGCCCCGUGUGUCGAGUCGCAGCUACGACCUUCAGGAGAGACGUCGCACGGGCAACAUGACGGGGACCGAGCAGGCCAAAUACCAGCGGAUCCCCACUGAUGAGUUUGAGGCACAGACCCUGGCCUCGGCUGACCUGGAUGGCAUUAAAAGCCAUCGUUUUGAAGAUGUUCCUGGAGUACGUCGACACCUGGUCAGGAAAAGCACAAAGGGUCAGGUGGUUCACAUCAGCAAAGAUCACAAAGAACCCAGCACACGCACUCGCAAACUGGACCGGACGCCGCAUGAGGUGUUUGUGGAGCUUAAUGAGCUGAUCAUGGAUAAAAACCAGGAGAUGCAGUGGAGAGAAACAGCUCGCUGGAUCAAGUUUGAAGAGGAUGUGGAAGAGGAGACGGACCGCUGGGGGAAACCACACGUCGCCUCUCUGUCAUUCCGCAGUCUGUUGGAGCUGAGAAGAACCAUCUCUCAUGGAGCUGUACUUUUGGACUUGGACCAGAAGACUCUACCUGGUAUCGCCCAUCAGGUGGUGGAACAGAUGAUCAUCUCAGACCAGAUUAAAGCUGAGGACAGAGCUAAUGUCCUCCGCGCUCUUCUACUCAAGCACAGUCACCCGAGCGAUGAGAAGGAGCACACCUCCUUCCCCAGAAACAUCUCAGCAGCCAGCCUGGGCUCCUUGAUCACCCAUCACCAGAGCAGUAGUAACCACCUGUCCCCAGUCCCCGAACCCUCCGUCACAGAGCCGCUCAUGGGGUCCACAAGGACCAGUCAAGACAGCUCGCUGCACAUCGACAUAGAGAAGAAUGAGAAAGAUUCUGCUCCACCCAUAGGCAUGCACAGAUCCAAAUCCAAACAUGAACUUAAGCUUCUGGAGAAAAUUCCAGAAAAUGCUGAAGCCACUGUUGUACUCGUUGGCAGUGUUGACUUCCUGGAGCAGCCCACUAUGGCAUUUGUUCGGCUUCAGGAAGCUGUAGAACUGGAUUCAGUCUUGGAGGUACCGGUUCCUGUUCGGUUUCUCUUUGUGCUGCUUGGUCCUCCCAGCACCAACAUGGACUACCACCAGAUCGGACGCUCCAUUUCCACACUCAUGUCCGACAAGCAAUUUCAUGAAGCUGCGUACCUGGCAGAUGAUCGGCAGGAUCUGCUCAACGCCAUCAACGGCUUCCUGGACUGCAGUAUUGUUCUUCCUCCAUCAGAGCUGGGCGGCGACGAUCUCCUGCGGUCCGUCGCUCACUUCCAAAGAGAGAUGCUUCGAAAGAGAGAGGAGCAGGAGGUAGCCUUACUGUCCAAAGAGCCCAAGAGCCUUGAAGAGAAAGAGGCCUUGCUGGCACCCUUGAAACUGGAAGAUGACCCUUUACGACGCACAGGCCGUUUGUUUGGUGGGCUGAUCCAAGACGCCCAGCGCCGAUACCCAAAGUACAUCAGUGACUUCAAGGAUGCUCUGAACCCCCAGUGCAUGGCUGCUGUCAUCUUUAUUUAUUUCGCUGCUCUUUCUCCCACAAUCACAUUCGGAGGCCUUCUAGGUGAGAAGACCGAAGGGCUCAUUGGUGUGUCGGAGCUGAUUGUGGCCACAUGUAUUCAGGGUGUGGUGUUCUGUCUGCUCGGGGCUCAGCCGCUCCUGGUGGUGGGCUUCUCUGGACCAAUCCUGGUGUUUGAAGAAGCCUUUUUCUCUUUCUGUAAGAGCAAUAAUAUGGAGUACCUGACAGGUCGGGUUUGGAUUGGUUUUUGGCUCAUAAUCAUCGUGGUGGUGAUGGUAGCCUUUGAAGGCAGCUUCCUGGUCCGAUUUGUCUCUCGUUUCACCCAGGAGAUCUUCUCCAUCCUCAUCUCUCUCAUCUUCAUCUAUGAGACCUUCUCAAAACUGGCCAAGAUAUUCCAGGAGCAUCCUCUGAGACGCUGCUCUGCGACAAUUGUUGAUGUAAACAACUCAACGUACAACUCAAGCAUGGAGGAUGUCACUUUGAAUCCAUUAGCAUUGAACAGCAGUACACCAGGGACGGUGAAAGUAGUUGGUGAACCUAAUACCGCUUUGCUUUCCUUGGUGCUCAUGUCUGGGACCUUUUUCAUUGCCUACUACCUGCGCAAGUUCAAAAACAGUGCUUUCUUUCCUGGCAGGCUAAGAAGAGUUAUUGGAGAUUUCGGAGUUCCUAUUGCCAUUCUAAUCAUGGUUCUGGUAGACUACAGCAUUCAGGACACAUACUCACAGAAACUGAGUGUACCCCAUGGUUUUUCAGUGACUAGUCCUGAUAAACGAGGUUGGAUAGUCAAUCCUCUGGGCACUGAUGGUCAGUUCCCCAUCUGGAUGAUGUUUGCCAGCAUCCUUCCGGCUCUGCUCGUCUUCAUCCUCAUAUUUAUGGAGACUCAAAUCACAACGUUGAUAGUCAGUAAGAAGGAGCGAAUGCUGGUCAAGGGUUCUGGUUUUCAUCUGGAUCUGCUGCUCAUCGUGACUCUUGGCGGCACCAGCGCUCUUUUCGGUCUGCCAUGGAUGGCCGCGGCCACCGUGCGUUCUGUAACCCAUGCUAACGCGCUCACCGUAAUGAGCAAAGCCGUCGCGCCAGGAGACAAACCUCGAAUCCAGGAGGUCAAGGAGCAGAGGGUGACCGGGUUACUAGUGGCAGUACUUGUAGGUCUGUCAAUAGUAAUCGGUGAUCUGCUUCGUCAAAUCCCCAUCGCUGUGCUGUUUGGCAUCUUCCUGUACAUGGGUGUGAUGUCACUCAAUGGAAUCCAGAUGACAGAACGGAUCCUGCUGCUGCUGAUGCCUCCUAAAUACCAUCCCGAUCACACCUACGUGCGCAAGGUGCGGACGCUGCGAAUGCAUCUGUUCACUGCGAUACAGGUGAUCUGUCUGGCUAUCCUAUGGGCGGUCAUGUCUACUGUGGCAUCUUUGGCUUUCCCGUUCGUUCUCAUCAUGACAGUCCCCAUCAAGAUGUUUCUUCUGCCACGCAUCUUCAGCACUCGCGAAAUGCAGUGUUUGGACGCUGAUGACGCAGAGCCCACUUUUGACGAGAAGGAGGGACACGACGAAUACACAGAGAUGCACAUGCCAGUCUGAGCCACGACCGCAGCUGUCCGUCUCUCACUUGUCUUCCUAUCAGUCAUGCUAUUGGCCAAUAGGACAGUUGCUUUAAAAACCUUGACAAACCAAAUCGCACAGCGAGUCUCGACAUGCUGUAGAGGUGAGAAUAGCAUUACGUGGACCUGAGACUCAUUUCAUUUGUAUUAGAGAGCUGCUAUCACACCGUUUAGCCUUAAACAAGUCUGUUUGUCGCCUAUAAGGAAAACGAAUGUACCUUAUGGGGUUAACUGGACGUUUUUAGCACCAUUCAGGGCCCAUGCAAUAUUACAUGUAGUUUGUAGUGAACUUUAAUGAUCAAAAAAAAAGACUGCCAAGGUCCAUUUCAUCAUACUCUGUAUGCACGUCUGCGCUUUUAAUAGCUUUCCUAGCUGAUCCCAGCUUACAUUAACACAAUCAACAGUAUUUCUUUGUUGCCAUCCGAUCAUGACUGUUUUCUCUUUCAAAAUUCUGUCUAAACAGGAUACUCUUCUCUAUAAUGAAUGCAAGUCACAUGAAACCCUGUAUGUUUUAAAUUGACUGUUACAUGCAAAUGAUUCAUUCAGAGUGAAAAAACUCUGUUUUUGAGGAUGUAUUUGGUGGUAAAUGGUCUCGAGGGAUUUUAAGAUGCCUUUUAGCUCGGAUGGAUGCACUAGUGACCUACUUUGGAGUCUUGAAACCAAUUUCAAAAAUCUAGUGUCCCAAAAUUUGUAGCGUUUAGGGUUCUGAUUUAGCUUAUCGUGACUUGUUUAUUAAAAAAACUGGUAUUUUUGACCACAUUUUUAACGUUUUUACACAUGUAUUGUUGAAUUAACACUAAAACAGUAGUCUGUUCUUUUCAGUACCAGCACACAGCAUAGAUUUUGAUUUAUUUACUAAUUAUUUAUUUGUUUAAUGGGAACUGUGUUAUUUAUGUAAGUUUAUGAGGGAUUUUACCACCGAAUUCCUGAAUAAUAUCACUAAUAUUUUUCUCCAUCAUUCACAAAUAUCUCACUUUUUGGAUUCCUACAGUGAGUUAGACGAUAAAUCUGCACUAAUAAGAUUGGAUUCAAUACACUUUCGCUUGGAACUUAUUAAUCUGGUUGCGGUUAAAUAAUUCACUGAAGCAUGUGUUGUGUUUGUUAUUUUAGUAUUACCACACAGGUUUAUUUCUGUAUUUUUUUCACACUAUUGUGCUUUAAAUGAAACAAGUGCUUUAUAUCUUUCUUACAUUCCAGAUUAUGAUUCCAGAAUCGGAUGCGUGUUAGGAUCUUUUAAUUAUAGGAAGAUAUUACGUUAGUUUUUUUAUUGCUUUGCGCUGACUAAUGACAUAUAAAGAGUCAAAAGUAAAUCGUGUAGACGUUAUUUUUAUUCAGCUAGGAAUGGGAUAGACGUUUUAUGUCAUUAUUUGAGCGUGCGGCGUGAUUGGAUCAAGAAUAUUUUUAUAAAAUGUUGUCUGUGUUGUCGUUUAGUACAUCAGGACCAUCAGCACAUUGUACUUUGUCACGGUUGUUUAUCUUUGACAUUCCCUCUGCCCGUGUUCAGCGAACGGUUCCAGGUUUGCGUCUAGACACGUUUGCACCCGCAGAACUCUGGGAGAUCUGAUCGUAGAGCCGUGCUUUGAGGUUGUGUAUGAAUGCAGGCAGGAUUAUGGUUGCGUUCUGUGUUGCUACAGUGUGAAUGCUCAGCAGCACUUGUUUGUAGAUGGUAUUUAUGGAUGCUUCAUCAUGGGGUUUGACUAAAGGUUAAUGUUUGAACAUUGUGGUCAUUUUAACGUUUGCUGAUUUUAUGUACAAAAGCAUGACCUGGUAUUUGGCAAAGGGAAGUGAGGGUCAUUUGCCAUCUGUGCGCAUUUUAUGCAUUUUGUUUUUACUUGUAUGUUUAUUGGAUAUUUGAUUAUUCAAUGUUCCUCUGUACAUAAUGCAAUAUUUACAGCAAAAUCCAAAUAUUGCAAAUAAAGUUGAUUUUUCUAUUUAAA